AAGCAAAUAGACACACAGCACCAGAGCCCUGGGCAGCUCCUCUACUCCCCUUACUCCCCAGUUUGCUCCCCUGCCUUGGCAGCCUCGAGCACACACCAGCCACUGCUCACCCAUUUGGAUCAGCAAGGAUUUCAGCGCUCAAGAGCUCCUCCAACCUGUAUGGACUAUUAGAUUAGUGGACAGCGGUUUUCUCAUUUUCUUUUUUUGGGGGGGGGGGUCUGAAGAGAAAGACCUGAAUUGAGAGCGUUUCUGCACCGCAGAGUCAUGAAUCCCUGGAACAGCGAAUUAACCCUUUGCUGAAUCUUAUUCUACGGAGUGAGGAGGCUUUCCCGAGAAGUAAAUAUAUUUGUACGUACAAAUAUAUACUGUAGACUUCGCACCCUCACCUCCCUGCUUUCUUCGCUUCGUGAACCCAAGUGCGCAACAGCAGAAAUUAGCUCCCAGGUGGUGGGUGCAGAUGGGUUCGGACGUUCGAGAUCUCAAUGCUUUGCUCCCGGCAGUAUCUUCCCUGCCAGCGGGGAAUGGGAACUGUGCCUUGCCAGUCAGCAGUGCUCCUCAGUGGGGGCCGGUUCUGGACUUUCAUACUGGGACACCCUACAGCUCCCUCGCCCCUCAUUCCUUCAUCAAGCAGGAGCCCAACUGGAACUCCGCUGACCCACACGACGACCACUGUGGCCUCAGUGCCUUCACGGUUCACUUUUCUGGUCAGUUCACGGGGACAGGAGCCUGUAGGUAUGGGGCUUUUGGGGCCCCAACACCCAGCCAGCCCCCUCCCAAUCAAGCCCGGAUGUUCACAAAUGGACCUUACCUGCCCAAUUGUAUGGAGACCCAGCCAGCCGCCAGAAACCAGGGUUACAGCACGGUGGCUUUUGAUGGAGCUACAAAUUACGGUCACACUCCUUCUCAUCACACAUCUCAGUUCUCCAACCACUCUUUUAAGCACGAAGACCCCAUCAGUCAACAGACCAACAUAGGAGAGCAGCAAUACCCCGUCCCUCCUCCGGUGUACAGCUGCCACACGCCCACGGACAGCUGUGCAGGAAGCCAGGCUCUACUCCUCAGAAACCCGUACAACAGUGAUAAUUUAUACCAAAUGACCUCACAGCUUGAAUGCAUGGCAUGGAACCCUGUGAGCACAUUGGCACCAACAAUUAAGAGCCACACAACCGGCUAUGAAAGUGACCAUAACACACCCAUGGUUUACAGCUGCAGCACCCAGUACAGAAUCCACACACAUGGAGUAUUCAGAGGCAUCCAGGAUGUGAGAAGAGUGCCUGGUAUUACUCCUGCCAUCGUGAGGCCAUCGUCGGAGACCAACGAGAAGCGGCCAUUCAUGUGUGCGUACCCCGGCUGCAACAAGAGAUACUUCAAGCUCUCACACCUGCAGAUGCACAGCAGGAAGCACACAGGUGAAAAGCCCUACCAGUGUGACUUCACAGACUGCGGGAGGAGGUUCUCUCGGUCCGACCAGUUGAAGAGGCACCAGAGGCGACACACAGGAGUAAAACCUUUCCAGUGCGAAACCUGUCAGAGAAAGUUUUCACGGUCUGACCACCUUAAGACUCACACCAGGACUCAUACAGGUAAAACAAGUGAGAAGCCCUUCAACUGUCGAUGGCCGAACUGUCAGAAAAAGUUUGCGAGGUCUGACGAGUUGGUCCGGCAUCACAACAUGCACCAGCGGAACUUGACCAAACUUCAGUUGGCGCUCUGAAGAUGGCGACAGGCCGGAGAACUGCACAGGACAGCUGGGAUGAAUAUGGAAACAAGGCUUUCAAACAGCGCUACAUUGCCAGACCCUGUGAAGGAUUUUAAGCCAGAGUAUCUUGGCAGAUAUUCUUUCCAUGUACAGGAAGGCCUGGGCUUCAUGUACACAGACUUUUAAUUAGUAUCUACACUACUUCCUGAUAAACCAAUGGAAAUGCAUUCCAUUUUUGUAUGAGCAUUGUCAGAAACACAAAAGGGAAUAUUCUGUUGUUGUAGUUGUUGAAAUCUGAUCCAGUAUAUCUGAUCUUUAUCUAUUGUAAUCAAGCUAAAACUAAGUUAUUGAAAAUGUUCAAAUAAAAUAUUGCUUUUGGCUUAAUUAUUACAUUAAGGGGAAGUAUGUGAAUUUGAAACCCAUGAAACUACUUAAGGGACACCUUUCUGGAAAUUCUGUUUAUUAUGCAGAACUAUUCAAAGUGUGACUUCUCCAGUGGUCACGAUGGAUGACUCAAUUCAUAAAAAAAACUUUUUUUGCAGCACAUAUUACUGAUGUAGUUGAGAUUGCAAAGGUUGUAUUAUAUGAGAUUUUGAUGAAGUUAAUCUGUAGCAUUUGGAAUUUGUAAAAUAUAUAAAAAUGGUCACACUGGCUAUGUGGCUAAUUAGCUGUGAUGU